UGCCAUUCAGCUCUACAACUGGUGACUGAUUCGCUUGUCUGCAAGAAGAGCUGUUAAACUCAAAGAAACCAUGGGUGAGUGGGGAUUUCUGUCUUCGCUGCUGAAUAAGGUCCAGUCCCACUCCACGGUCAUCGGGAAGGUCUGGCUCAGCGUGCUUUUCAUCUUCAGGAUCAUGAUCCUUGGAGCUGGAGCAGAGAAGGUUUGGGGUGAUGAACAGUCCAAGAUGGUUUGUAACACCAAACAGCCUGGUUGCAAGAACGUGUGCUAUGACCACGCCUUCCCAAUCUCACAUAUACGAUUCUGGGUCCUGCAGAUCAUCUUCGUCUCAACACCGACACUGAUCUACCUCGGUCAUGUCAUGCAUGUCAUCCACAAAGAGAAAAAGCUGAGAGAAUAUAUACAGACCCACUCUAGCAGUGAAAUAACAAAAGCUCCAAAGUAUACAAACGAGAAAGGAAAGGUGCAGAUUAAAGGUAAUCUGCUGGGAAACUACAUGGUCUCCAUAGUGUUCAGGAUCCUCCUAGAGAUAGCAUUUAUUGUGGGGCAGUAUUAUCUGUACGGGUUCGUCAUGGACCCACUAAUUGAAUGCUCCCGAGCCCCAUGUCCCUACACUGUUGAGUGCUACAUGUCUCGACCCACUGAGAAGACCAUCUUCAUCAUGUUCAUGAUGGUAGCAUCCUGCCUGUCGCUUGUGCUCAACGUGGUUGAGAUCUUCUACCUGCUGUGUUGUCGCUCAUCCAGACGAAAGGCCAAAACAGUGCCGAUGACCGCCAUUCCCCUUCACCCCCGUUUCACCAGUGACACCAUGUUGAAAAAUCAGAAACUUAGCCUCAAUGAUGUCAGUCACAGCACAGCCUGAGAAGUGCGGCUUUGAUCCAAUGUGCAGUAUUUGAACAGUUAACUAGGGCAAAUAACAAAGAGGCUUACACAUUUGUAAAAAGGAAAACAAACAUCUUUCACAGCUAUUUAUUUUAAAUGCUUAAAAUUCAUGCAAUAAACUCACACAUCUGAAACAUCUAAAACAAUCUGAUGUUUGGUAUAUUGUCACUGGAGUAAAUUGUUUUUGUCUCUUUUUAACUUACUUUUGGUUUUGUACAUAAUAUUACAGGUGCAUGUUUUGGUAUUAGUUGAAAAGUCUGGUGUGUGGCCUGUGACUACGUGGGCUAAAUAUCUGGAGACUAGAUUUCUGAACCCAUUGCUGAUAUCUUUUAACUGCUGCAGUUUGCAUUCACUAAAAGCCAUUUUGUAACGCUAAGAAGGUAUGACUGUUAGCACUACUUUGCUUUACAAAUGUCUUUUUUCUUUGUUUCUCUGAUGUACUGAUGAUUUUACAGACAUGGAUGUUUUGGAAAUGUACAUUUAUGUCAUUUAAAAUGGUUUGCUUUGAUGUUUAUAUAUUAAUAUAUGUGACUUCAUGUAGCUUGUCUUUGUACCUCAUGUAAUCUUAAUAAAUAUUAUUGAG